AUGUCGGAAUUAUCGACCAAGGAAGAUCACCAUUCCCUUGAGACUGUGCCGGAGCGAGAAUUGACCUUGCCUUUGCAGCCAACGAGACGUGACGCGGCUCCGGUCGUCUUCAAAGACUCGUUUGGCCCUAUGGGAAAAGAUGGCCAGCGAGCGUCUGUUGCUGUGUCCAAUUCCUCCAACGGUUCUCACCGUCCGACCGAACCUCUUCGGCGACCAUCUUUGAUCCAAUUCAAUACUGCGCCAGCAGAGGACACGAUCAGGAGGGAGAGCGUGGCUGCAGGGAAAUUACAAUCGAUGGAAGCGAGGAAGAUGUCGGUAGGAGAGAGGAGGACUUCGGAAGGAGGGCGGAGAAUGUCAUCACCACCCCCCAAAAGCACAUAUCAGCGAGGAGUCUCCUUCGACACCUUUGAUAACCGUGACGCUACAGACUUCUCCCUCACACUCAAUUACAAACAUCGGAACCACCAGAGCACUCGUCGCAGCCGAACGUUCCUCUGUGGCACGGAUCAAAACGAUUAUUCUGAGUUUGCCUUGGAAUGGUUACUUGAUGAGCUGGUUGACGAUGGCGACGAAAUUGUGUGCUUACGCGUUGUGGAGAGGGACUCGAAGCUCGCGAGCGAUACAAGCGUGCAGCAGGGAAGAUAUCGCCAGGAAGCUCAAAAGCUGAUGGACUGGGUCAUUCUAAAGAACAGCCAAGAGGGAGAAAGGGCUAUAAGCCUGGUCUUGGAGCUCGCCGUUGGCAAAGUGCAAGAUGUGAUACAGAGGAUGAUCCAGAUCUAUGAACCUGCCGUGCUCGUGGUGGGUACCAGGGGCCGGAACCUGGGUGGCAUGCAAGGUCUCCUUCCAGGAUCAGUUUCCAAGUAUUGCCUUCAACAGUCUCCAAUACCUGUUAUUGUAGUUAGGCCAUCUACCAAACGCCUGAAGAAAAAGAAGAAGCGGAUGGCUGACCCGGCCCGUCGCAACUACAACUCGAUCCUCGAAAAAGCUCGGGGGGGCUAUUCUCUAGACAAGACCGCUCGAAACAGUAUUAUCGGACCUUUACCCUCGGCCACCGACCAAGAGGCAGCCGCUGUUGCCAAAGCCAUAGGAGUGCCCAAGAACUUCGAAGCUUCACCGUUGUCUCGAGGGGUAUCAUCCAAGACUGAUGCGAGUGAAAGGAGCGCAAGCCCUAGACCAGUCAGCCCGGCUCCAUCUAACGUGGUGAUGAAGAGUCCAAACUUAAGUCCCGUCGAUAGCCCAGAAGUCAGUGAUGGAGAUAGCGAUGACGCCAGCUGGACGCGGUCGCCGAAAGUAGGGCGACGAGCUGGAAAGGCGAGGGGAGCAACUGUUGAUGAGGUGGAUCCCAGCCGGGACCCGCCCUGGCUAGCUGCCAUACUUGCAAGUGACACUCGCAAGGUGUGA